UGUAUGGGAAUUCGGUCGAAGGAGAUGAAGAAGCUGUUGAAAAGGAGGAAGUAGGCGAGGAUGGCGACUACUACAGUGAAUCCGAGCAUGACGUGGGAGACGACGCCGGAGAGGAAUGUGAUGAAGGAGCUUUCGGCUCAGAAGGAGGCGAGGAUGGUAAGGAAGAAGAAGAAGAGGAACCCACGGAAGCCACCGGUAAGUCCUACCGUCCAGAAAGUUAUGGCGGUAAUGGAGAUGGAGAGGACGAUUAAGGAAGGGAUGGAAAUUAUGGAGUGUGCGAAGACGUUCCAAAAUAUCAUCGCCAGAAUGAAUAAGGUGACCACAACGGCGCCCAAUCGGAUUCCGAACAGUUCAGGCAUUCUUAUUGAGUUCAUCAUCAAUCUUUUAGCAAUGACAAUCAUUUCAUUCCAGAACAGAUUCACAAAUGUGGGAACUGAAGAAGUCAAAUUGGAAUCAGUGGUGGCUCUGGAGACUAAUUUCCCCCAGGAAACGCUUGCACUGAUGGCCGCUUUGAGUGAAACAAAUCAGAAGAAAAUAUGAGGAUUCGACGCCGGAGAAGACAACUGGCUUCUUCAAUUCGAGGUGGUGCAGAUGGUGGGUGCUGUUGUUGGGGGUUCUGGUAGAGUAAGCAAAAGAUCCUUGGAUGAGAGAUGGAGUACUGGUGUUUAUGGCUUGAUGUUGAUGCUCAACAGGGAAAGGCAGCAAGGAGCUGGUGCCGAACGGGGUUUAGGUGGUGUUACAGAAAAUGAUCUUCGGUUGAAGCAGAUGUGCAAUAGAAUUUCUCCUUUUGAGGCGAAUUUCCACCCAUGGAACUACUGGGGACUUGUUGAGGACAUCGAUCCCUUCUCACAUGAUGACUCGAACGAGAGGAGGCGUUCAGGCCUUGCUUCUGCUACAGUCCUUGAAAUUGCAAGGCCAGUUGCACCUUCAAGUGGCAUGAUGCAAAGAGGUUCAAAUGGGGUGGACAUGACUGAACUGAGGCAGAUGAGAGAUAAUUAAGAAUCUUAAAGACAUGGGUAUACCACUGGUACUUUCAUUAAACUCUUCUAUAUUUCCAAUGUAUAUCUCCAAAAUGUAUGUCUUGAUGUGUCGAUUAUCUGAUAGUAGAGAAAAUUCGAUGAUAUAUAGACAGAAAAAAAUAAAGGGAAUGAGAAAAA